AUGUACCAUGCAGCCACCAGGCCCGAGCUGCAGCAGCUCUGCAAGGAUGUAGGCAUGUCUCGCUUUCGGUCCGUCAUGAAGCUCUUCCGCUGGCUACGCUGGCAGGAGGCGAACCUCGGCUACGAGGAGAUGCAGGCCAUGACGCUCAAGGGCGUCGUCGAGGGCGACGGCGCUGGCCUGAAACUCUUCAAGAACGAGGGGAAGAACUGCCACGUGGCACUGCGGGGUUUGGCCGAGCGGCCCCGCGGGUCAGCCGCGCCGCGAGCGGUGGUGUACUUCGCGCCCGUCAAAAAGGUUGCGCCCGAAGUAGAGUGCCGCGAGGACGGCUUGGCGUCGGGCGGCCUCGACCACGUCGCGAACAAGUCGGUGCUGGUCUCUGACGGUGCUCGUUUGUGCGCCCGCCUGGCUCGUGAGCAUGGCCUACGCCAUCGACUAUGUGCGCGUUCCAAGGGGGUAUGGAAUGAGAGGGCGCGCGUGCGCGGGCAUGGCACACUCGAUGUGAACGCAGGUCUGAUCGAUGAGCGGUGGUCUCGCAUCAAGGAGUGGAUUCCGAAGGGAAUCUGGGGGAGUGACGGCGAGGGCAACCUGAACGUGGAGCUCUGGGGCAACGUCUACCAGUGGUGGUUUCGAUGCCAUCACCCUUUGAAAGCGGACAGGCAGGCGCGCUUGGCCGAGUACUGGGGGCGCGAGGCUUAG